AUGUCCACCGACCGCGAUGCCUUGACCUCUCGAGAGAUCCCAUUCAUGAAUCUCUCAAAUGUCUCCGACCCAAAUUGUCUUACGCACCCACCACGACCAUUACCCAAGACGCUACCUGCAGCCGAACGAGCAGCAGCACGCUUCGCCGUGGAAGGCAAUGUUGUCAUAACCGGCGGCGCCGGCACCCUCGCUCUCUCCACCGCCCGCGCCCUCCUCGAACACGGCGCCACCGGCAUCGCGCUCUGGGACCUCGAAACCACCCUCCGCUCCUCCCAAUCCGCCAUCCACAGCCUCGCCACCUCCUUCCCCAACGCACGCAUCUUCGGCGUCAGCGCCGACGUCACCUCCAAGGACUCUAUUGCCGAGGGCAUCACUGCGACGGUCCAGACGUUGGGUUCUGUAGACCAUCUGUUCUGCUUCGCUGGUAUUGUUGGAUGUUUUAACGCGAUGGAGAUGACGGAGACGCAGUGGAGGUCUACGCUGGAUGUUAACACUACGGGCGCUUUUCUGACUGCACAGGCGUGCGCGAAGCAGAUGGCGAUUCAGCAGCGCGGAUCGCCCGGUUGCAGCAUCACGCUCACAGCGUCCAUCUCUGGACAUAGGGUCAACUUCCCGCAACCGCAGGCGGCGUAUAAUGUUUCUAAAGCCGCGCUCAUCAGCCUCAAAUCCUCCUUAGCCGCCGAAUGGGCCGUUCAUGGCAUCAGAGUCAACAGCAUCAGCCCUGGCUACAUGGACACGGUCCUCAACGCCGGCGAAGGCAGGAUCGCGGAGAUGAGGCAGUCGUGGGCUGAUCGGAAUCCUAUGGGCCGGAUGGGGGCCGUAGGGGAGCUGGAUGGGAUUUGUGUUUUAUUGGCAUCGAGAGCCGGGAGUUAUAUGAAUGGGGCAGACUUUGUGGUUGACGGAGGGGCCUGUUGCUUCUGA